CUUGGCUGUCCAAUCGGCUAAUAGCGUGAGCUCUGCUCACCGUCACGUCUUUUUUGAUUGGAGGGUUGAGCUGUAGAAGAUGCGCCAGGUAAACCCAUCCAAUCAGAAGUGGUCCGUUUUUCCUUAUUAGCAUAAAUUUGACAGCAUCUCCCCGACUGUCUGUGAGCAAAUAACAGAGAAUUACAAAGGGAACAGUACAUCUUUGGCUGGCUGAAUUAAUUUUGGAAUGCCUUUAAAACGUGUGGGAGAUUUUUUUUUUACUGCCUGUAGAAAAUCUGUUUCACAGUAGUCCUCUUUCACCUUCAAGUUGACGUUUUGUUUUUAACUUAAAAAGAUGUGGACUUUCCUGGGAAUAGCGAGCUUCACAUACCUUUAUAAAAAAUCCGGGACAUUUUUUACUUUUGUUCACAAAGAGCUAAUAAUGGUCGUAAUCUUAUUUAUUACAGUCGGGCUACUGCUUUCAUAUAUCAGGUAUUUCCAUGGCCACAGGCCCAGAGCCCCCCAGGUAUUUAAUUUCCUGUCGUUUUUACCCGUUAUCAGCCACAAAGCCCUUCAAACGUCAACACAGACAAGCGAGAAAGCAGAGAACAUCUGUAAAAAGAACCAGAGAACAAGGAAAAGAGUAGAUGCAGACAUCUCUGCCUCAGCCAGUAGCUCUUCUGUGGCCCCGGAGCCAGAUGUGGUGCUCGUUGGGGCAGGGGUGCUGGGCUCAGCAAUGGCACUUAUUCUGGCCUGGGAUGGGAGGAGGGUGACUGUGGUGGAGAGGGACCUGAAGGAGCCUGACAGGAUAGUGGGGGAGCUGCUGCAGCCUGGAGGAUACAGGGCUCUGAAAGAGCUUGGGCUGGAAGGUUCAGUGGAGGGUCUGGAUGCCCAUCUGGUGAACGGUUACGUGAUUCAUGAUGUAGAGAACAGUACAGAGGUGGAGAUCCCCUACCCCCAGGAGCAGGGUAGCAUACAGUGUGGACGUGCUUUCCAUCAUGGUCGAUUCAUCAUGGCCCUGAGGAGAGCAGCCCAGGCCGAGCCAAAUGUCACAUUUAUAGAAGGCACUGUGACCAGUUUACAGGAAGAGGAGGGUUGUAUAACUGGAGUUCAGUACAAGGAGAAAGAAACUGGAGAAACCAAGGAAAUCCAUGCAGCACUGACAGUGGUAGCUGAUGGCUGCUUCUCCAAAUUCAGAAAGACUCUGAUCUCUGGGAGAGCCAAUAUCUCCUCACACUUUGUCGGAUGCCUUAUGAAGGACUGCCCCCAGUUCAGAGCCAACCAUGCUGAGCUGGUGCUGGCCAACCCGAGCCCGGUGCUCAUCUACCAGAUCUCAUCCUCACACACCAGGGUGCUGGUGGACAUCAGAGGGGAGAUGCCACGCAACCUUGCAGAGUACAUGGCUGAGAAGAUACACCCACAGUUACCAGAGCAUUUAAAGGAGCCUUUCAUGAUGGCGCUACAGAACGAUCGGCUCAGGUCCAUGCCUGCCAGCUUCCUCCCCCCCUCCCCUGUCAACAAGCCUGGUGUGCUUCUCCUGGGUGAUGCCUACAACAUGAGGCAUCCUCUGACGGGAGGAGGGAUGAGUGUUGCUCUCAACGACAUUUGCAUCUGGAGGAGUCUGCUCAAGAACAUCCCAGAUCUGUAUGAUGACAAAGCCAUACUGCAGGCAAAGAAAAAAUUCCACUGGAAACGCAAGUCUUCGCAUUCUUUUGUGGUGAAUGUGUUGGCCCAGGCCCUGUAUGAGCUGUUUGCAGCCACUGAUGAUUCUCUUCAUGAGCUUAGAAAAGCCUGCUUCCAGUACUUCAAGCUUGGAGGAGAGUGUGUUGCGGGACCUGUUGGACUACUCUCAGUGUUGACACCCAAACCCAUGACCCUCAUUGGACACUUCUUUGCUGUGGCACUGUAUGCAGUCUACUUCAACUUCAAGUCUGAGUCCUGGAGCACCAAACCUCGAGCUUUUUUGAAGAGCGGAGCCAUUCUGUAUCAAGCAUGCAAAGUCAUGUUUCCACUCAUCUACUCUGAGCUCAAGUAUCUGGUCUACUAAUGUACAGCUGGACUCAGAAAGACUAACCCUUAUGCAAGGUCUUAAUGACAGUGAUACAGGGUUUUUAAGGCUAUUUGUGGGACUGAAAAAUCUGACAACAUAUUGGCCAAUAUUAACUUUUAAUAGAAACACCGAACUUUUGAGAUAAACUACCAGUGAAAAUCAAAUCAGUUCCAAUUCAUAUCAUCUGUGACUGCUGGACAGAUGUUCUCCAUGGGUCGUUUCCAAGGUAAAAACCUCCGGAGAUUUUCACUGCUCAUAAAUGUGUUUCCUCGGUGGAAACAAAACAUGUUUCAUCAGCCCACAGAAACACCUGCAGGUUAAACCUGGCUAAUAAAACACUUUCAGGGUUAAGUCUGAAAGACUGACUAUUAAGAAUUUAAACCAUUUGCUAGUCUGGCAACAUUAGGCUACAAACAACCCAUGAUAGCCAUAACACACUGUAUAAACCAUGUUACACUGGUGCUCUCUGGUAUCGAUGCUGCCAACAUGUAAUUGUCCCAUCCUCGAAUAUAAGAUGACCUGACUGGGCCCGCUCUGCUGUGCUCCGCAGCAUUCAAAUGGGCUGCGGUGUGUUCAGUGAACUUGUAGGCCAGCAGUGAAUCACUAGUGGACAAACUAUGCAAUAGCAACACUGGUAAUGAAACAGCUCAAGCAUUUAUCCUUUGUUACCUAACCUCUUUUAAUUUAUCAGCUGUUAUAAACACAAAUACUAAUUUACUGCAUCUGCUAUUAACUUAAAUUGGCUGGUAAAACAGACAUGCUGUUGUAUCAGCUGGGUUCUAAACAAAGCUUUGCCUUUGAAAAAUUUCCAUGUUUGCUUUCAUGAAAUGGGCGAUGUUGCCAAGCCUACAUCAUGAUUUUAUCACUGGGUAUUUUAUACAGUCUGCUCCUGCCUUAUAUAAGAUGUCAUUGUCUUAAUGUCCUGCUUGCAAUUUGGACAUGCAGUGAAAUUUUAUGCAUUGUUUGUGCCCAGCCAUAGUCAUGUAUGCUAGAAGAUUGCAGCACACUGGUUCACAUCCUGAAACUGAAUAUUCAAAGGUUCCAUGCAGUUUCAUAAUAAUUGUUCUGCACUAGAGCCAGUUUUCUGCUAUACAUUUUCUUGUUCAGCUGCUUUUUGUUAUAUUUAAGAUGGAGAUGUAUCUAUAAUUGUGAUAUACACUGACCAUUCA